CUUGAAGGGUUUAUUUUUGCCUUUUGUCUGGCUUAUUUGUUUAAACAGUUUAAGUUUGGCAUAUUUGAGUCAUUGAUACAAGUUCAAGGGUAAGUUUCUUUUUACUUUUUCACUUAUUUAGAGUAGUUAAGCAACUGAUUACGGUAGUUGUAGGAAAGAUAAAAAGGCAAAUGAAGAGAAUCAGAGAAGAGAAACUAGCCAAGGAGGAGCACAGUGGGAAGGAGUUGUCGAUGAAGACGGUCAACGUUGAGCAUAGACGAUUAACUUUGGCGAUCAUUUGAAAAUUUACUCUCUCUCUCUCAAAUAGAUUUUGAUUUGAAUUUUCUUGAACCUGUAUACACGGAAAACCUCAUAAAGAAGGAUGGCGGAAUUCAUGGACCUGGAAGCGCAGGACGGAGUGAGAAUGCCGUGGAACGUACUUCCGGGCAGCAAGCAAGAGGCUAGCAACUGUGUCGUUCCGGUAUCCGCUAUCUACACGCCGAUUAAGCCCUUCCCAAACAUGCCGGUCCUCCCCUAUGCUCCCCUCCGUUGCCGCACGUGUCGCUCCGUGCUGAACCCAUUCUCGAUAGUGGAUUUCGCGGCGAAGAUCUGGAUCUGCCCCUUCUGCUUCCAACGCAACCAUUUCCCACCCCACUACGGCUCCAUUAGCGACGACAAUCUCCCUGCGGAGCUCUUCCCGCAGUACACCACCAUUGAGUACGAGACUCCAGGAGAGAAGUUCUCCUACUCUUCGGUUUUCAUGUUCGUGGUGGAUACUUGCAUCAUCGAGGAGGAGAUGGCUUUCCUCAAGUCUGCCUUGUCUCAGGCCAUCGACCUUCUCCCAGACAACUCACUCGUCGGCCUCAUCACUUUUGGGACCUUAGUCCACGUUCACGAACUUGGCUUCGGCCAGAUCCCUAAAACCUACGUCUUCAGGGGCUCCAAAGACGUCUCCAAGGACCAGCUGCUUGACCAGAUGGGCUUCUUUCUCAAAAAACCUAAGCCCCCCACCGGUGUCAUUGCCGGCGCCCGGGAUGGCCUCUCUUCGGAGAGUAUUUCCCGCUUCCUCUUGCCUGCCUCUGAGUGCGAAUUCACUCUCAAUUCGGUCUUGGAGGAGCUGCAGAAAGAUCCUUGGCCAAUUCCACCCGAUCACCGUGCUGCCAGGUGCACCAGCACGGCUAUCAGUGUGGCUGCCAGCUUGUUAGGAGCUUGUGUUCCUGGAUGUGGAGCUCGAAUUAUGGCUUUCAUUGGUGGUCCAUCCACCGAAGGACUUGGUGCUAUUGUAUCAAAGAAUCUCUCUGAACCAAUCCGUUCUCACAAGGACUUGGAUAAAGAUACUGCUCCCCAUUUUCAUAAAGCUGUGAAGUUCUAUGAGGGACUUGCAAAGCAGCUUGUGCAUCAAGGUCAUGUACUUGAUCUGUUUGCAUGUGCUCUUGACCAGGUGGGGGUUGCUGAACUUAAAGUUGCAGUUGAAAGAACCGGUGGGCUUGUUGUGCUUGCAGAGAGCUUUGGUCAUUCGGUAUUUAAGGACUCACUUAGGCGUGUUUUUCAGUCAAGUGACUGUGACCUUGGACUAUCAUCAAAUGGCAUAUUUGAAAUAAAUUGUUCAAAGGAUGUCAAAGUUCAAGGGAUUAUCGGUCCUUGUGCAUCACUCGAAAAGAAAGGUCCUUUGUGCUCCGAUACUGUCGUUGGCCAGGGAAAUACCAGUGCAUGGAAGAUGUGUGGGCUAGACAAAGCUACAACUUUAUGUAUAAUUUUUGAAAUUGUGAAGAAGGACAAUCUAGAUGCUACUGUUCAACCUACAAGCAAUCAAUUUUACUUCCAAUUUUUAACUUAUUACCAGCAUAGCAAUGGUCAAAUGAGACUUCGUGUCACAACCCUUUCGAGGAGAUGGGUCGCUGGAUCUGGAAGUAUACAGGAUUUGAUUGCUGGAUUUGACCAAGAAGCAGCUGCGGUAGCCAUGGCGCGCCUAGUUUCUUUCAAAAUGGAGAUUGAGGCUGACUAUGACCCGAUAAGAUGGCUAGAUAAAGCUUUAAUACAUCUAUGUUCGCGGUUUGGAGAUUACCAGAAGGAUAGUCCAUCUUCAUUCAGCUUAUCUCCUCGGCUUUCAAUAUUCCCUCAAUUCAUGUUUAAUUUACGGCGUUCACAAUUUGUUCAGGUCUUCAACAACAGCCCAGAUGAGACAGCAUACUUCAGAGUCAUACUCAAUCGAGAAAAUGUUGCCAAUUCUGUUGUGAUGAUACAACCUUCAUUGAUUUCUUACUCAUUUCAUUCAGUACCAGGGCCAGCUCUUCUUGAUGUGGCUGCCAUUGCAGCUGAUAGGAUCCUGCUUUUGGACUCUUAUUUCACUGUUGUUAUCUUCCAUGGUGCAACUAUUGCUCAGUGGCGAAAAGCUGGCUACCAUAAUCAACCAGAACAUCAGGCAUUUGCCCAAUUGCUGCAAGCUCCUCGUGAUGAUGCAGAUGCAAUAAUCAAGGAAAGGUUUCCAGUUCCUCGAUUAGUGGUUUGCGAUCAACAUGGUUCACAGGCUCGUUUUCUUCUAGCAAAAUUAAACCCUUCUGCUACAUACAACACUGAUGCUCCUCUUCCAGGCGGAGAUAUCUUAUUUACGGAUGAUGUGAGCUUUGAGGUCUUCUUGGAUCAUCUCCAGAGACUAGCUGUUCAAUAAAUCUCACUUGAUAUUUGCAAUUUUGAAAACCUUAUUUGACAUUUUUGUACAGUAAGUAUACAAGUUAUUUUAGUCUUUCUUCUGUUCCAGUUCUAAUUACUAUAGAAAAUAUAUAUACACAUAUAUACUUAUAUA